AGAUUCAUUGUACCUGCAUUCACCAAACAGACAUGUCUUUGAUGUACAUUCUCCUACGUACCGUGCUUCUUUGCACGCUGUUCGGAUUGGCUUCACUCAUCGUAUUUUGCAUUCGACGCCUGUACUGGCACCCACUCUCCAAGUACCCUGGUCCCUUUUUUGCCAAAAUCACGGAUCUCUAUGCUGCGUAUCAUGCGUGGAAAGGCGAUAUCCACAUCGACAUGUUGCGACAACAUGAACGAUACGGGCCCAUUGUGCGUUACUCUCCGAACAGACUCAACUUCAACAAUGCCGAAGCUCUGAAGGAAAUUUACACGACUGGUGCAAAGAACUUCCAGAAGAGUCCCAACUACCGAGUUUUAAGGCACGGAGCUGCUAAUACCUUGACCAUGAUCAACAAGGAGGAGCAUGCUCGUCGCCGCCGAAUUGUUUCACAGGGCCUUUCGGAUGCAGCUGUCCGCUUCCACGAACCAACACUGCUGUCCCACAUUCAGAAGUGCUUUGCGCUACUGUCAGCGACGGAUAAGCCGAAAAACGUGGCAUCCUGGUUCAACUACAUGUCGUUUGACAUUAUGGGCGACGUGGUCUUCGGCAUGCAGUACAAUCUGCUGGGGUCCACAGCUAACCGUGCCAUACCUGAUGCGAUCGAACAAUCCAAUAUUCGCGUCAGCGUGCUUUUGCAGAGCCCAGUGAUUCCUAGAAUCGCUCGCAUUGACCGCUGGCUGUUUCCCAAGGCAAUUCAGGCUCGUGACCAGUUUCUGAUCUUCGUUCGAGGACUGGUUGACAGAGUCAUGAAGCCGGAUUGCAACCCUAACCCUAAGGCCACAACUACAGUUGUGUCCAUGUUGAGGAGAGCUCACGACUCUGUUACGGGUCAGCAGCUGACUACUAAAGAGGUGCUUGCGGAAAGUACUACUUUGGUCGUUGCCGGCUCAGAUACAUCGUCGACUGCCAUGUCUGCAACCUUCUUCUACCUAGCAAACUCACCUCAAGCUUAUCGACGGGCCCAAGAUGAAGUUAGAUCGUUGUUUGACUCAGCAGAUGAGAUCCGUAUCGGUCCGAAGUUGAGUAAGCUUGUGUUCGUGAGGGCCUGCAUUGAAGAAGCCCUGCGAAUGUCUCCACCUACGGGGGCAUCACUGUUCAGGGAAGUCAUGCAAGACGGUGCCACUGUCAACGGGAAAUGGUUCCCACCUGGAGUGGAGCUUGGUGUGCCAAUCUACGCCAUUCAGCACAAUCCGGAAUACUACCCCUCUCCUUUCGAAUUCCGCCCAGAACGCUGGCUGGAGAGCGAGGGCACCCCAAAGAAGAGCGUUGAAGCGGCAAGAUCCGCAUACUGCCCCUUCUCCGUUGGCACUCGAAGCUGCGUCGGCAAGCACAUGGCCAUGGUAGAAUUGACCCUUGCAGUUGCAUACGCUGUCUACACCCUAGACUUUGAGUUUGCACCUGAGAAGCAACAAGCCACCGACAAACGAUGGGGCAUUGAGGACGAGUUCAAGCUGAGAGACCACAUCACCGCCUCCAAAGAUGGUCCGUAUCUUCGUUUCCAGCCACGUGACAUGCUGAAAGGAGUGCCGGUGUUCAAAAAUAUUGCCGAACUGCGACCAGCUCUUCCGCAUCGUUCAAUCAGCCUGUCCGCUAUGGAGAAGAUGUGAUUGUGUGUAAAAAUAGCUGUAUAUAUGAAAUUAGAUUGUUGUU